AUGUAUGAAGGAGCUACUAGCCAAGAAGAGCACCUUGAAGGGGGGACAAAUAGUGUGAUAAACAAGGAAUGCAGUGCCCUCAUCCAGAAGGACUUACUUACAAAGAAAAAAGGUCCAGGAAGUUUUCACAUCCCCUGUGUUAUAGGUGAUACAAUGAUUGACAAGGGAUUCUGUGAUCUAGGAGCAAGCAUAAAUCUCAUGCCACUAUCUCUCAUGAGGAAGCUACAGAUUAAUGAGCUGAGACGCACAUAUGUAGUCCUUCAACUAGCUGAUAAGACUCAGAAACAAGCAGUAGGAGUAGUGGAGAAUGUAUUGGUAAAGGUUAGGAAAUACUUCCUCUCCACAGAUUUUGUUGUUCUAGACAUGGAAGAAAGUUACCUCCAUCCAAUCAUUUUGGGAAGACUAUUUCUAGCCACUGCUAGAGCGCUCGUAGAUGUGGAACAAGCAGAGUUAAUACUGAGAAUACAUGAUAAAUAUCUCACUUUUCAUGUUUUCAAACCUACACCUGAAUCUGAGCUAGAACCUAAGGAGUCGAAAGAUGAUCACACCAAAAUGUCCCUGGAAGAAAGCAAUAGUGAACCAGAAGCAGAGCCCUGA